UAUUUCUUUUCUGUUAUGGCGGAAUCAAGGAAUAUUACUUGUAAUGUUAUAUCUACCCCAUCCAAAUUAGUUGAUGUAAUACUGGCACCGGAUGGGUCUAAUUUUGGAGAGUGGAGGUUUCUUAUUGAAAUUAAUUUAGGGGAUAUGGGUAAAGAUAAACAUUUGACUAGGGCAUGUCCAACAGAGCAAACUGAAGCUCAAGAGUGGAACAGGGAUGAUAAAGCUUUAUUGGUAGAGGUAGAGGUAGUUCGUCCGCUUCAGUAUCGGGUAGAGGAUCUUUUGACAAAGGCGAUUAUUGGUAGAGGAAAGGAAGCUGGUGGGCUAUAUGUGCUGGAACAGUUCUCUCCUAGUCCUGAAGGUGCGCCGGUUAGUCUGUUGAGUAGUACGUCUCCUUUCCAAUUACAUUGUCGGUAUGGUCACCCGCCUUUGUCUAUUUUAAAGAAGUUGUAUUUGAACCUAGAGUCUUUAUCUGUUUUGCAAUGUGAAUCUUGCGAGUUUGCGAAGCAUUGGCGGGUUCCAUAUCCACCUAGAGUCAAUAAAAGGGUAGAUUCUUUAUUUCAGUUGGUUCAUUCAGAUGUGUGGGGACCAUGUCGGGUUCCGUCUAAAUCCGAGUUCAAAUACUUUGUAACCUUUGUAGACGAUUUCUCGAGACACACUUGGUUAUAUCUCAUGAAAUCCAGGGAUGAAUUGUUUGAAGUUUUUUGUAAGUUUUGUUCUAUGGUUAAGACACAAUUCAAUAACAUGGUUCGAGUUUUGCGUAGUGAUAAUGGUACUGAAUAUUUUUCUCGUACCUUUUCCAAUUAUAUGAGUCAAAGUGGAAUGAUACACCAGUCUUCUUGUGUUGGCACUCCUCAACAGAAUGGUGUGGCAGAACGUAAAACUCGCCAUCUGUUGGAAGUUGCACGAGCCUUGUUGUUUCAAAUGAAAGUUCCCAAAGUAUUCUGGCCGGAUGCUGUCCAUACAGCUUCGUUCUUGAUAAAUCGGUACUUAGUAUCCGCUGAUGUGUCGUUCUUUGAGGAUAUUGUGUUUAAAGAAGCUUUCACCUCGUCUGAUUGCAGUUCAGUGCAAGACGAUUUCCUUACAUAUACUGUUACCAUUCCUUCUCUGGGUUGGGGUGAAACUAGGCCACCUGUCACACAAGUUUAUCACCGGCGGUCAAGAGAAGUUCAAGCGUUGUUUGGCCCAGCAGCUAAUCCUUCCUCGCCAAAGUCGUCGUCAACAGAUCCCGAUCUUCCGAUUGCUGUUCGUAAAGUUAGAGUCAGUUACAGUGCCAACGUCUUUGAAACAAGCUAUGUGUCAUGA